AUGCAAGUCUCCGGGAAUCUUUGCCGAUGUUUUUGCGGAAACGGUUGGCAAGUCGAAGCAGAGGAUGAUCGACAGUUCGGUUCGGUUUCAGUUGGACUUGGAGCUAUCUCUUCUUUGGACUGCCCAGACGAUCUGCCAGAGGUGUCUGGCAUGCUGUCAUACAGCGCAGAAGAGGAGCUGCCUAUGCGCGGCAAGCCCAUCCGCGAGGGCGAACUGUGGCAUCUCUCCACGGAGGAUGUCGUGCGGAAAGUGCAUGUAUCACUCUUCAUAAACGGCUUGUCCGUGUCUUUCGAGACAAAGAAGGUGCUCGUACCGCUUUCACCCUUCACUUUGGUUCGGAACUGUAAAUUCCAGGCUGCUUCCUUUGACGUCAAGGAAUUCGCGGACUUCAAGAUCUUUAAGGUGCAUCUUCACGCAGCCAACCGAUGCUACUUUUUUGGCGUGCGUGGGAGCACUUUACUUGAAGGUGAGGAGGAGCGGUCCAACUGGGUUAGCGACAUUUCAACUGCAAUUCGAUUGGUGACCCAAUCGCUCUUCCCACCGUUCCGCAUUGCGUGCAACCCAUUGGCGACCGUGGAUGGCACACAAAAGCGACUUCUCGCUGGCUAUUUGCUGCACAGUGACAGUCCGUGCCUCGUGUCUGCCCUGUACUGCGAGUUGCAAGCACACAACAACGGCAAGGCGAUGUUUGUGCUCUACGAGAACGAGAACUGCAAGGUCCCCGUCAAAGCGAUGGCCCUCACAGCAGACUCUGCAGUGGCAGAGAAGCUUGGCAUCAAUUGCAGCUGCUUCUCUGUUGAUCAACGGGACUUCAGCAGCCGGACACUGUCAGAGAGGAAGCUUUGGCUGCGUGCUAUUUCCAAUAUCAAAGUGAAGCUUGCCAACGCAGCUCCAACACCAUCGUCUGAAGACUUAGAGCACUAUCGCCAGGCUGUCAAGGAGCAGUUGCAUCAGAUUCGUACCUCUUUGCAGUGCAAGAUACGCACGGAUGCACUCCUCCCUCCCAGCAUUCACAACACUUUUCAGUCGACCGUGUCCCCCUUCAACAUGGAUCUGUGGGCUGAGAUUUCAGGUUGCCACCACGGCCACGAGGAGGACGAGGGUGAGUCGGUCCCCGCCGAGCGGUCACCUGCAUUGUAA